AUGCCAGUACUGCUACCUGUACCUGAGUCUGGAAAUACUGGCACGGACUCGCAGGCCCAGAGCAACAAUGCAAUAACCGCUGCUAUUGCACGUACACUGGCCCGCAGUGCGGCUCUGUACUUCUCUCGUCCUGUUCGACUAUUUCGACCUGCGAAAGUCAGUGGUUGGUCUUCAUUGAAAGGUCUCGCUACUCGCGAUGGCCGUGAAGUCGAUGUGCGCUUCAUUCGCGAACUCGUGAAUGCAAAGGGUUUGAUCGUGUUACCGAAACACUUCAUCCCACCACUCGUCAUGAACGCGGUUCUCGGCACCGUUCUAUGGACAUCCUACUCAGAAGUGUCCGCGGCUCUCGGAGACACCCUGCAUCCCGUUGGAAAUGCUUUCCUUGCUGGCGCGAUUGCUGGAGGAACGCAGGCUCUUGUUGCAGCACCGGCUGAGAAUAUUCGGCUGGCAAUCGAGAGAGGUUCGGGCGGAUGGUCACACGCGUGGAAGGAGGUCUUUCGCACAGCCCAGGCUAUACAGCCACCGCACUCUACUGCCGAAACAGCACAGCAGGCGCGGAGGGUGCGCGACUGGAUGAAUGAAGUCGGCGAUAUGGCAGGGCGCGGCUGGAGAGGUUGGGGAUGGGGACUUGCGAAGGACGUCUGUGGUUUCUCCGUGUUCUUCGCCAUAUUCGAGGGCACUCGGCGGGUAUCGGUCACGACAACAUCAUGGGCUCAGAAGCUAGUUGACUCGCGACGCAAAGAGAAGCCCAGGCGGACAUUGGAUAUUCAUCUACCGGGCAUCGUCCACGGGAUGACGCUUGUCGGCGGCGGUGUUUGUGCGGGUGUUGCGUACGAAUUCGUGUGCAGGCCAUGGGAUGCCGCGCGGAGGCUCGUGCACGUCGAGAAAGUGAAGGCAGAAAUCACGCAUACUUCGCGUCGCUGGCUGCUGACUGUGCUUGCGAAGAAGAUCGCGGACGAUGGGAUCUUGUCGCUCUUCCGAGCACCCCAUCACGGUCAUGAAAGCACGAGCAACAUCUCGCCCGCGCGACGUCGCCUGUAUACGACGCUUCGGACUCUUGGCCGCGUAGGGCCGUGGGGCUUUGGCUUCCUCGUCUGGGAAGCCUACGGACCAGGUUUAGGAAUACAAAUUCAAUGA